CAGCUGCAUCGUCCGCCGGCUCAGAGACUGAGACACUGUGCUUCUGCUAGUCUUCAGGCGCUGCUGUAAAUUUGAUUCCAGGUCAUUCUAGUCUGGUUCACUGCAACUAUGGCCCUUAACAAGCUCAGCAUUGAUGCGGUGCAGCUCACCGGCAAGAGGGUGCUCAUGCGAGUUGACUUCAACGUGCCCUUGAAGGAAGGAAAAAUAACCAACAAUCAGCGUAUCGUCGCUGCCCUCGAGUCUGUCCGCUAUGCUCUGGAGAAGGGCGCCAAGUCGGUGGUGCUUAUGUCUCACCUGGGACGCCCUGAUGGCCGCCCCGUUGACAAGUACACCCUGGCUCCUGUCGCAGAAGAGCUCAGGAAGCUCCUCAAUAAGGAUGUCCAAUUCUUGAAUGACUGCGUUGGUGCUGACGUGCAGAAGGCGUGUGCCGACCCUGCUGCUGGGUCGAUCAUCCUGCUGGAGAACCUGAGAUUCCAUGGCGAGGAGGAAGGCAAGUGGGUGGACGAGAAUGGCGCUAAGCACAAAGCUGACCCUGAGUUAGUGAAGAAGUUCCGCGAAGAAUUGCGUCAGCUCGGCGACCUGUACAUCAAUGAUGCCUUUGGCACUGCCCACAGGGGCCACUCCUCCAUGGUGGGUGAAGGUUUUGAUCAGCGCGCCUCAGGCUUCCUGCUCAAGAAGGAACUCAACUAUUUUGCCAAGGCUCUUGACAACCCUGAGAGACCCUUCCUGGCCAUCCUCGGAGGCGCCAAAGUUGCUGACAAAAUCCAGUUGAUUGAAAACCUCCUGGACAAGGUGAACGAAAUGAUCAUUGGAGGCGGCAUGGCAUACACCUUCCUCAAGGAAAUCAAUGGCAUGAAGAUUGGGAAGUCCCUGUAUGAUGAGGAGGGAGCCAAGAUUGUGCGAAAGCUUGUGGACAAGGCUGCAAGCAACAACGUUCAGUUGCACCUGCCUGUCGACUUUGUGACCGCUGACAAGUUUGGUGAAGACGCUCAGGUUGGCGCUGCCACCCUUGAGGACGGCAUUCCUGACGACUGGCAAGGCCUGGACGUCGGCCCCAAGACAAGGGAGCUGUUCAAGCAGCCAAUUGCCAGGGCCAAGGUCAUCGUCUGGAAUGGCCCUGUUGGAGUGUUCGAGUUCCCUAACUUUGCUGUGGGAACCAAAUCGCUGAUGGACGAGGUUGUGGCUGCGACGGCUAGAGGCACCAUCACUAUCAUUGGGGGUGGUGACACUGCCACCUGCUGCGCCAAGUGGGGCACCGAAGACAAGGUCAGUCAUGUCAGCACUGGAGGUGGUGCCAGCCUUGAACUCCUUGAAGGCAAAGUGCUCCCUGGAGUUGCGGCUCUCUCCGAUGCUUAAAUUGGAUAGUGAUCAGAAGAAAUUCCCGUGCUGGUAGGACAAAAUGCUAAAGCAUCAUGUUUUCUUUUUGUAAAUGGAGCAUAAAUUUUGCUCCUGGUUUUCAUUUUUGUGAUUUGGGAACAGUCUUACUGCUACUCAUGUUUACAUCAAAUGUUAAUAAAUGAUGCAGUACAGUUGCAAUAUACUUAAGGA